UUUUGGUUUUCACACGGAGCGAAAAAGCAGACGGACACGACGUGGGAAAGACUCGUAAACAAAACUUCAGUCGAGUAGCUCGCUUUUACCACAACACAACUGAAAUAUUAUACUCAUAUGAUUUUAACAUAUCAUCACGUGUGUUGAGGAGUGACUGCUUUUAAACACAGACGCACACAAGAUGUUUAAGUUUUUCGGAUUCAAGAAUGACGGAGCCAAAAAAUCUUCUGAGAGGGAAACUGAUGGAUUUGUCAUCAUUGGUGAAACUGUCGAGGACCAGCGACGGAAGAUUCAAUCCAUGAACAUUGAGCAGCCUGCAACAAAUGUAAUAGUACAACCAUCUAAGCCAUCCAGUGCCGGGAACAGAGGAUUUGCAGAGACGGCUCAGCCUUCCUCUCAGCCCACAUCUGCUAAGAUGUCCUCAGAAACGCACGGUGUAGACGCCACCCCUGCUCUCCCUGAACUUCUAGGCGAUAUACCGUUCACUUUAGCACCACACAUCCUUGCCAUGCAGACAGGCCUGCCCUUUGUAACAGAUAUCACCUUGCCUCACGACAUAAAUGACAAACUAGCCAACUUUCGUUAUGACUUCUCCUUGGAGAACUCUGUGCUUUGUGAGCCGUGACUCUCAGCCCAUCGGUCAUAUCACUAACACGUGAUGAACUAUGAGGCUUUGGUUGUCAAGAUUCUCCUUAACCGCUUGCCUCUUAAUUAAAUAAAUGAAGAUCUAGUUUUAGUUAGCUGAAAAAAAUCGGUCACUGACUAUAGGGUGUUGGGCUCAAACGAACAUAUUGUCCAUUUAGUUUAAAUAAGUUAGUGAAGUUCGCAUCAAGAUGGUUUACAGUCUCUCAGGAUCUUGCACUUGAUUGUGUGAGAUGAGUGUUACCGCCUCAUUUAAAAACAGUAGAUGAGUAUUUAUAAGAUGACCUAUGGCUUUACAUUUUUCAAAUGUAGUUUGUUUCAAUUUUACGGGUGUAAAUUCUGUGCAAUUUUGCAUUUUGACUCUGUGGGGUCCUGUAGCAUAAGAUAAUAGGCUGAAAUUGUUUCGAAACAGCUGUGUUUCUCAGUAGUUGCAUUCGGUUGUUUGAUGUUUCAGACAUCGCAGUCUGCGUUGGCCUUCCUCAGUUUUUCCUUAGUUCUGCAAAGACUUACUGUAAUUUAUGGAACCGGUUUCAAGAAGUUUGCUUGCAGAUCGUUCACUUAAACCAGUCAUGAUACAUAGAAAGAAGGAUUUUAUAGUAAUCUGUCACUCAACAAUGCAAUUCUUU